AUGUCGUUUAACGUAAACAAACAAAGCAGAUGGUUUACCAUCAGGAGAACAGGAGAACAGGAGAACAGGAGAACAGGAGAACAGGAGAACAAGAGAACAGGAGAACAGGAGAACAGGAGAACAGGAGAACAGGAGAACAGGAGAACAGGAGAACAGGAGAACAGGAGAACAGGAGAACAGGAGAACAGGAGAACAGGAGAACAGGAGAACAGGAGAACAGGAGAACAGGAGAACAGGAGAACAGAACAGGAGAACAGGAGAACAGGAGAACAGGAGAACAGGAGAACAGGAGAACAGGAGAACAGGAGAACAGGAGAACAGGAGAACAGGAGAACAGGAGAACAGGAGAACAGGAGAACAGGAGAACAGAACAGUAGAACAGGAGAACAGAACAGGAGAACAGGAGAACAGAACAGUAGAACAGGAGAACAGAACAGUAGAACAGGAGAACAGGAGAACAGGAGAACAGGAGAACAGGAGAACAGGAGAACAGGAGAACAGGAGAACAGGAGAACAGGAGAACAGGAGAACAGGAGAACAGGAGAACAGGAGAACAGAACAGUAGAACAGGAGAACAGAACAGGAGAACAGGAGAACAGAACAGUAGAACAGGAGAACAGAACAGUAGAACAGGAGAACAGGAGAACAGGAGAACAGGAGAACAGGAGAACAGGAGAACAGGAGAACAGGAGAACAGGAGAACAGGAGAACAGGAGAACAGGAGAACAGGAGAACAGGAGAAUAGGAGAACAGGAGAACAGGAGAACAGGAGAACAGGAGAACAGGGGAACAUAUAAUUUACCAUGA